AUGUUGGUGACACGCGAGGAAAAGUGGUUUCGCGCGGCUGCUGGCAUGGCUGCAGAUGUCCCGUGUCGCAGCGGGGAGCGGAGAGCAGUUGCCCUGCGUGAUCUGGAAGCAUCUGCGUGGUAUAUACACACACACGCACAACCAGUAGAAGAGUCUCUGCUGGAAAAAUAUGGAUUCCCUGAAGCUGGAACAGAGACCAGAUGUUACACAAAUCAUGCACUGUCUUAUGACCAGGCAAAACGGGUGCCUAGAUGGGUGAUUGAACAUAUUUCCAAACAGAAGACAUUGGGCAAUGCAGACCGAAGGCACUGUAAAUUCAGACCAGAUCCUAACAUCCCUCUAAUGUUUAGCGCUGUCAAUGAAGACUACCUUGGGAGCGGGUGGUCACGAGGACACAUGGCACCAGCGGGAGAUAACAAAUUUUCAACAAGGGCUAUGGCUGAAACGUUUUACCUGUCUAACAUCGUGCCUCAGAAUUACGAAAAUAAUGCUGGAUUUUGGAACAGAAUGGAAAUGUAUUGUCGGGAAUUGACUGAGAGAUUUGAGGAUGUUUGGGUAGUUUCUGGACCUCUGACCUUGCCUCAAACAAAUGAUGAUGGAAAGAAGAGUGUUACUUAUCAGGUAAUCGGAAAGGAUGAUGUAGCUGUGCCAUCCCACCUAUACAAGGUGAUCCUUGCCAGACGGAGCAGAACGUCCUCAGAGCCCUUGGUACUGGGGGCUUUUGUGGUGCCAAACGAUCCCAUAGGCUUCAGCCACCAGCUGACCGAGUUCCAAGUAAAUGUCGAAGAUCUGGAAAAAAUGUCAGGUUUAGUUUUUUUCCCCCAGGUGGACAAAACCAAAGCUAUUAAAAAUAUCUGUGAGGUGGAUACCUGUAAACUGAUGGGCUUCCAGGAAUUCACUUUGUACAUCACUGCUCGAAAAGUGCAGAGUGCCCGUACGUUGCACCGGUUGGAGAAAGCCAUGUCGGAGUUAAGGGAGGCAGGAAUUGAGCCUGAUGAGUAUCUUCUAAAGCUUCACAGGAAGAAGGAAGAAGAACUACUGCAGGAAAAACAAGUAGUAGCUAGAGAGGGGAAAGCUGGCUGAGUACUUGUUCAGGAAGAUGUUUGGGCUUUUGUACUUUGAAAGAGGAGCUGAAGGCAAGCACAAAAGAUGGGCUCUAUGAAUUAUGCUUUUUGGAAUCGUGAAAACAAUAAAGAAACAUUUGGAAGCCGA